GCAUCCUUCUAGGCUACACACAGAGCCCAGAUCUGGGGUGAUGAGAGACCCCCUCAACACACUGCUAGGACACCAGCGCUGUAAGGAAAGGUUAUUCCUAACUGAGCAGAGCCUGCUGGGAGCAGCAUUUACACCCCACACCACCGUGCAGGUGUGCUGGGUGAGCUCACAGCUGCCCCCCAGGCAUGCCCAGCCCACUAAUCAUUCACAGCUCGACAGCUCCUCUGCCCAACCCACUUCUAAGGGGAUAAAAGGGGACCUCAAAUCUCCUAAGUUACAGAGCCACCCACAGCGUCCUGUUGAACGCCGACCUCUCGAGCACCUCCCCGCCACCAGCACCCAGUGUUCUUGCUCCUCCAGGAACCAUCAUGUCUCGCCAGUCCAGUGUGUCCUUCCGAACUGGGGGCAGCCGCUCUUUCAGCGCCUCCUCUGCCAUCACCCCAUCUGUCUCUCGUACGAGCUUCAGCUCGGUGUCCCGCAGUGGUGGUGGUGGUGGUGGCAGGAUCAGCCUUGGGGGUGCUUGUGGAGCCGGGGGCUAUGGCAGUCGGAGCCUGUACAAUGUGGGGGGCUCCAAAAGGAUAUCCUACAGUUCUGGCGGAGGCAGCUUCAGGAAUCAAUUUGGUGCUGGUGGCUUUGGCUUUGGAGGAGGAGCCGGCAGUGGAUUUGGUUUUGGUGGUGGAGCUGGUAGUGGCUUUGGCUUCGGUGGUGGAGCUGGCUUUGGUGGUGGCUAUGGGGGAGCUGGCUUCCCGGUGUGCCCACCUGGAGGCAUCCAAGAGGUCACCAUCAACCAGAACCUCCUCACCCCCCUGAACCUGCAAAUCGACCCCACCAUCCAGCGGGUCAGGACUGAGGAGAGGGAGCAGAUCAAGACCCUCAACAACAAGUUUGCCUCCUUCAUUGACAAGGUGCGGUUCCUGGAGCAGCAGAACAAGGUCCUGGACACCAAGUGGGCCCUGCUGCAGGAGCAGGGCACCAAGACCAUAAAGCAGAACCUGGAUCCGUUGUUUGAACAGUACAUUAACAACCUCCGUAGACAGCUGGACGGGGUCCUGGGGGAGAGGGGCCGCCUGGACUCAGAGCUGAGGAACAUGCAGGACCUGGUGGAGGACUACAAGAACAAGUAUGAGGAUGAGAUCAACAAGCGUACCACGGCUGAGAAUGAGUUUGUGAUGUUGAAGAAGGAUGUGGACGCUGCCUACAUGAACAAGGUGGAGCUGGAGGCCAGGGUCGAUGCCCUGAUGGACGAGAUCAACUUCAUGAAGAUGUUCUUUGAUGCGGAGCUGUCCCAGAUGCAGACACACGUCUCUGACACCUCUGUGGUCCUGUCCAUGGACAACAACCGCAACCUCGACCUGGACAGCAUCAUCGCUGAGGUCAAGGCCCAGUACGAGGACAUCGCCAACCGCAGCCGAACAGAGGCUGAGUCCUGGUACCAGACCAAGUAUGAGGAGCUGCAACAGACAGCUGGCCGCCAUGGUGAUGACCUUCGAAACACCAAGCACGAGAUCUCUGAGAUGAACCGGAUGAUCCAGAGGCUGAGAUCUGAAAUUGACAACGUCAAGAAGCAGUGUGCCAACCUCCAGAACGCCAUUGCUGAAGCUGAGCAGCGUGGGGAGCUGGCUCUCAAAGAUGCCAGAAACAAGCUGACAGAGCUGGAGGAGGCCCUGCAGAAGGCCAAGCAGGACAUGGCCAGGCUGCUGCGCGAGUACCAGGAGCUCAUGAACACCAAGCUGGCCCUGGACGUGGAGAUCGCCACCUACAGGAAGCUGCUGGAGGGCGAGGAGUGCAGGCUGAGUGGGGAAGGAGUUGGACCAGUCAACAUCUCCGUCGUCACAAACAGUGUCUCUUCUGGCUACGGAGGAGGCAGCAGCAUUGGUGUUGGCAGUGGCUUUGGCGGUGCCCUUGGCAGCGGCCUUGGCAGCGGCUUUGCUGGUGGCCUUGGCCCACGCUUCACCAGGGGCGGUGGGGGUCUUGGUUUGGGUAGCGGGCUAAGUGUGGGGGGCUCUGGCUUCAGUGCAGGCAGCAGUCAAGGAGGCAUGAGCUUCGGCAGUGGUGGUGGCAGCGGCUCUAGUGUCAAAUUUGUCUCCACCACCUCCUCCUCCCGGAGGAGCUUCAAGAGCUAAGAAGAGCCUGCUGCAAGACCCUGGUCCUCACGGGCAGCCCCAGGCCCACAGAGACUGCUUCUUUUAGGCAGUCCCCCAGGCCACGUUUUCUUUUUCUGGAGAGUAGUCUAGACCACGCCUGCUGCAGAAUCACAUGCUUUGGUUCCCGGAAGGGAAUGAAUCCCAACCUCUGGCCUCCCCAUGGCUCAGUUCUACAUUUGUGUUGCAUGUCAGCACCUAUACAUGUUCUUUGGUGACCCAGACCCCAAAAUGUUGCAGAAUGUAAGUCACCAAAGCAGAACCCCACCCUACCUGGAUACCCACCUAAAUUCUGUCCUGGUUCUGACUUCCUCCAGAAUGUGUCCAAUAAAAUGCUUUUAUAAUAA